AUGGAAAUCGUAUACAUUCCUUCAGAAAAAAACAAUAUUGUUCUUAUUGGCGACGGUAUCAAAAAGACUGUCAUUUCAAACAAUAGAAGUUUUGCAUCAGGGUUUCCUAUAUCUAGUUCUGCUACACUGAACAUUGAUGGGCCGAAUUUUAUAGCAAUGAACUUAACUGUUCAAAAUACUGCUGGUGCCGAGGGUAAGCAAGCUGUGGCGCUCCGCUCUAAUUCUCCUAAUUCGGCAUUUUAUCUAUUGGAAAUUAAAGGGUAUCAAGAUACUUUAUAUAUACACAACGGUCCUCAAUUUUAUCGGGAGUGCACUAUUUUUGGGACGGUGGAUUUUAUAUUUGGAGAAGGGCCGGCAUUUUUCCAAAAAUGUCAAAUUCUAGCAAGACAAGCUCUUCCGCCUCAAGAAAAUGCAUUGACUGCAAACGGACGUCUCACUCCAACAUCAGGCGAUGGAUUUGCAUUUCAGCUGUGCAACAUUACGGGAGAUGAAGAUUUAUUGAACUCCAAAAAUCCGACGCCAACUUUUUUGGGUCGGCCAUGGAAAGCAUACUCGAGAACUGUUUUCUUGCAAUCUUACAUGAGUUCCAUCAUUAACUCACAAGGAUGGUUGCGCUGGAAUACUACUUAUGAAAGUACAUUAUUUUAUGCCGAAUUUAAAAAUCAAGGCGCGGGGGCUGUGGUGAAUAAACGAGUUAACUGGCCUGGAGUUCAUUCUACUCUAGACAUCCGUAUGGCGGAGCAAUAUACUGUUAUUGAAGUUCAUUGGGACAUUGAUAUUAUGACGGAGGACGUUGGGGCAAAGAUGGAGGAAAAAACGAGUGAUGAGAAGCUGAGCGGUGAUUAUGAUGAUUACAGGUCCGAUGAUGAGCAAGUUGAUGGUGAAGCCGAUCCUUAA